AAUUAUUAUUUUGUACCUGUAAAAAGCAAACAAGAGUCGAGCCUCAACAAUAACAAGAACAAAAUCCGUACGAAAGCUUCUUCGUCUCUUUCAAUUAGGGUUUCUUCAGGCGAAGUUGUAGAUUUAAAUUAAUCGAAUUAUCUCGUUUAGCGUUUCUUCGAAUUGCCAAUCGAGAGAACGUAUAUGAGAAAAGAGUGAUUCGAUUCGGUUCCUCGAGAUGGAGCAAUUUGUCAACUUCAUCAUUCGACCUCCAAGAGCUGAGUACGACCCUGAACAUGAUCUCUUGGAAAAGGAUUUCAUGAUGAAAGGCAGAUGGUAUCACAGGAAAGAUUUAGAGGUUAAAAACAGUAGAGGAGAUGUUCUCCAGUGUAGUCAUUACAUGCCUGUUGAACUCCCUGAAGGGAAGCCUUUGCCCUGUGUUAUUUAUUGCCAUGGAAACAGUGGAUGUAGAGCGGAUGGUAGUGAAGCCGCAGUUGUGCUGCUUCUUUCAAACAUCACAGUUUUCACUCUUGACUUUUCCGGAUCUGGUCUCUCUGGCGGGGAACAUGUCACCUUGGGCUGGAACGAAAAGGAUGAUCUGAAGGCUGUGGUUGAGUAUUUGCGGCAGGAUGGAAAUAUAUCCCUGAUUGGGUUAUGGGGGCGUUCGAUGGGUGCUGUAACUAGCUUGAUGUAUGGAGCUGAGGAUCCUUCCAUUGCAGGAAUGAUACUAGACAGCCCCUUCUCCGAUUUGGUUGAUCUGAUGAUGGAACUUGUAGAUACUUAUAAAUUCCCUCUACCAAAGUUCACUGUGAAAUUUGCAAUACAGUUUAUGCGUAGAGCUAUUCAGAAAAAAGCCAAGUUUGAUAUAAUGGAUCUGAACACCAUCAAGGUGGCAAAAUCUAGUUUUGUUCCGGUUUUAUUUGGACAUGCCUUGAAUGAUGACUUUAUCCGUCCUCAUCAUUCAGAUCGAAUAUAUGAAGCCUACGUAGGAGACAAAAAUAUCGUAAAGUUUGAGGGUGACCAUAACUCACCAAGGCCUCAGUUCUUUAUUGAUUCGAUAAAUAUAUUUUUCCAUAACGUCCUUCAACCUCCAGAGGUGGUGGGUCCAACAUUAUAUGACCCAUUGGAUGAUUACUUUGCAAAGGGCGGUUGGAGUAGUAGUAUGCAUGACACAACUAUUCCACAAUCCUCAAUGCAGAAAAGUUUAGCCUCGAGUAGCGGCAUCUCUGACGCAAUUAAUGAAGUCCGUACAAAAAGACCAAUGAGUCGCACAGAUGUUCCUUCGAACGUUACAUCUAACGGUUCUCCAUCCCAAACUAAGAUGUGCAUGGAAAAAGAGAAUCAUGAUGGCCGUGAGAGUUCAUCAUCUCCUGAUAUGAUAAGCUUUGAUUUGUUAAACGGCGAUGAAGAUGUAGAAUAUCACUUGGAGGACAUCCCAUCUAAUGCUGAGGAAGAAGAAAGGAUGCUUAUGAGAGCGGUGAUGGAAUCAUUGAAGGACUUGGAAGUGCAAAGUCUUGAGAAUAAAGAAGCUCCGGAGAGGAGAGUUUACGGAAACAAUGCUUUUGGAACUGCACAACAGUCCUUCCUUCCUAGGGAAGGAUCAACUUUAACUCAAGCGAUUCAACCAGAGACUGAUUCUGUUUCCAGUCCUGCAACACUUAGCGGGGAUGCAUUAUUACCAUCUUCUUCCGAGUCCAGUGCACCAAGUGAGUCGCCGGCUUCUCUAGCUGUGCCUGGCUCUUCGAGCGAGACAGGUGACAUGUCAGCGGUUGCAAAGCCCACGGUGACAGUUGAACGUAGUAGUAGUAGUAAAUGGGAUUUCAACUUCUUCAAAAACAGCAAAUAGUUCCAGUUAUUGAGUUUGAUUUUGAAACUGGGUGAAGUCAAUGCAAAUGCAUAUAUGUCCAAAACAAUAGUUGGUUUCUUUUUCAAAGAUUUGUUCAUGAUAGGUUAACUUUCUUUGGCUUUGGUUAUGGUUUUCAUUCAAAUGUUUGUAUUCUUGGGUCUGCACUUUGUUCAUUCCACGUAUUUGCUAAAGUUUACUUCAUAUGAUGAUUCAAUUAUAUUUUUUCAUUGUA